UCGCUCGAGCCCUAGCGACUAAGAAUAAAUUUUUGAAUAAAAUCAGUCUUAAACUGGAACUCGACGCGAUCCAUUUAUGUGACACUCGACGGUACUCUAGCGAAGCGUUUCGGUAUUCUGUGUGAAUAAAACGCCCGACACUGGCAGGUGAAACAAUGAGCUUGGCGAACGCCUCUUCACCCAUGGAAAUUAACCCGAGCACCAGCUUGGGUGCCACGAAUCGUGGCGACCUAGAGAAGGUGCUGGCUAUGCUGGUCCUGGGACUGGGGAGUCUUUUGUCCGGAAUGCUGCCCGCUAUUAUUUCGGAAAGGAAUCGUCAGCGCUUUCCACUGACAACAUCCCUGCUCCUGUGUUUCGGAGCUGGCAUUCUACUGGCCACCGCCUUGGUUCACAUUCUGCCCGAGGUGCGCGAGCAAAUGGACUCGAAAUUCGCUGAGGUAGCCAUGUGCGGAGGCUUUUUCAUCAUCUACUUCAUCGACGAGUUCAUCCACUACUUUUUUGGCGAGGCUAUACAGCACUCGCAUACCCUGAUCCCCGAAACUGAGCGCAUAAGUCCCUCCAAUGGCAAUGGUUAUGGCGCAGUGGAUGAAAGGGCACCGCUCUUAUCAGCGCAAACUACGUCACGUGCGCAUUCGCACCACCAUGACCACCCCGAUAAUGACCACAAUCACCCGCCCACCGCAUCCGGCUGUGAUGACGCUAGUAUCGAGGACGCCAACGCACGAAUUUGCCACACCAGCCACACGGAACCCUGCGUCCAAUCUAUGACUGGCACACUAGGACUCUUUGUGGCCCUGUCCCUACACUCGACCAUCGAGGGUCUUGCCAUCGGCGUCCAGAACUCGUCCACAAAGGUUAUAUUUCUUCUAGGAGCAGUCGCCUGCCAUAAGUUUGUGAUGGGCUUUUGUAUGGGACUCGAGUUCCGCUCCAAUCCGCAGACAAGUUUUCGCACCCAGUUCGUCGGCGUUUCGGUUUUUGCCCUGGGAGCUGUCAUUGGCAUUGGCUUAGGCAUGCUUAUCGUGGAUGUGCCAGCCGCUUGGUCAAGCAAAACGCUGCCUAUCAUCCAAGCACUGGCUGGUGGCACGCUCUUCUACGUCACCGUCUGCGAAGUGAUACCACGCGAAAAGGCGCGUUGGCACUCGAAUCCGAAUCGACGCUGGGCGGGAUUUGGGCAGUUCGCAGCAGUAGUCGCCGGCUUUGCCACCAUGUGCAUCAUAAACUUUUAUCUUUCUGAUGAGGAAUAGUAAUCUUGAUUGGAGAAAUAUUCGUUGUGCUGUGACCCAUGUGCCUCUUUUUAUAUAUGAACUUAAGAUACUUUUAUGAAUUAGCAGAAGUUAUAUGUAAGGCCUCUUUUAUGUGCAUUUCCGAUGAAUCUUGUUUUAAUUUUUUUUGUAUUUUAAUUUUCCCUAAGAUAAGUAAAAACGGUAAAAGCAAACA